AUGGCGGACAAGGAGGCAACAGUCUUCAUCUUGGACCUUGGUGCAUCCAUGGCCCAGAAACACUCGGGUCGCAUGGAAUCAGACCUGGACUGGAGCAUGACUUAUUUCUGGGAUAAGAUUACCGAUAUUGUCGCGGCAAAUCGGAAAACUUUAUGUGUCGGUGUGGUCGGGUUAAGAACCGACGAAACGGACAACAAGUUGCAAGAGGAUGAUGGAUACGAAAAUAUUGCCAUCAUGCAGGAGCUCGGUCAAAUGACCAUGUCGGGCUUGAGGGCGCUUCAGGCAGCAGUGAAGCCAAGCGAGACCAUGUCUGGCGACGCAGUUUCUGCCAUUGUGGUUGCCGUUGAUAUGAUUGAUGCGUUUACAAAGAAGCUCAAGUGGGUAAGGAAGAUCGUACUGAUCACAGAUGGCCAAGGCGAGGUGGACGCAGACGGCAUCGAAGACAUUGCCAAGAAGAUAAACGACUCAGAUAUCCAGCUAACUGUCUUGGGUGUGGAUUUCGAUAACCCUGAAUAUGGCUUCAAAGAGGAGGACAAACCCACGACCAAGGCAGCGAGCGAAAAGACUUUGAAGGCCUUGACGAAAGAAUGCAAAGAUGGAGUAUUUGCCACUAUUGCCGAGGCCAUCGACGAGCUUGACACACCUCGCGUCAAAUCCGUCAAACCGUACAAGACAUAUGACGGGGCGCUGACUCUGGGUGAUCCAGAAAAGUUUUCCGCAGCAAUGAAGAUCAAUGUAGAACGAUACUUCAAGACGCAUCUAGCUCGACCCCCUACAGCAAGUACCGUGGUGGUCAAAUCCGAGCAGGCAACCCAGCUAACACAAACCUUGGAUGACGAUGCCAUGGAUGGGGUUGAAUUUUCUGCUGUGAGACAGGCGAGAACAUACAAGGUCAACGACCCUGAUGCUCCUGGUGGAAAGCGCGACGUUGAGUUUGAAUCCCUUGCCAAGGGGUACGAGUAUGGCCGAACGGCAGUAUACAUCAGUGAGUCGGAACACAACAUUACGAAGCUGGAAACAGAGAAGAGUUUUUCCAUCGUGGGAUUUAUUCCAUGGAGCAAGUACGAGCCGUUCCUGAGCAUGGGAGAAGUGUGUGUUACACACGCAAGAAAGAACGAUACCAAAUCCGAGCUGGCACUGUCAUCGCUAAUAUGGGCGCUCACUGAGCUUGAAUCAUAUGCAGUAGCACGCAUAGUAACCAAGGAUGGCAAAGACCCGGUAUUGGUGCUUAUGGCACCCCAGCUUGAGCCUGGAUUGGAAUGCCUCUACGAUGUUCCUUUGCCGUUUGCCGAAGACGUGCGAGCCUACCAAUUCCCGCCGUUAGACAAGGUCAUCACUGUUAGCGGCCAGACUUUGAAAAAGCACCGUUUCUUGCCUUCAGAUAAGCUUGCCGAAGCAAUGAGCGACUACGUUGAUGCCAUGGAUCUUGCCACGUACGGCCAAGAUGAAAAUGGCAAUCCGACCGAGUUUGCACCGAUUGACGAGACCUUUAACCCACUUAUUCACAGAGUGAACAAUGCUGUGAAAAUGCGAGCAGCACAUCCCGAAAGACCCGUGCCUGAAACACCAGCUAGUUUGCUGAGAUUCUCAUCGCCUCCACAAGACCUGAUUGAGGAAGUUCAGUCUCGAAUAGACAGUCUGAUUGAAGCAGCAGAGGUCAAGAAGGGUGCGCCCGUCUCCAAAACCUCCCAGGCAACCGGAACGCUAACCAGUCGCGUAGUACCCCCGAAGGCAAAGGGCCGACGGAAUCGUGAGACCGUCAAGCCCAUCUCGGGCCUGGAUGUUGAUGCUCUCCUCGGCGAGGACACCAGGCGCACGGUUUCAGAAGAGAACCCAGUGCCGGAUUUCAAGCGGGCGCUGGGCACUGCAGAUGAAAUGGGCCAGAUCGAGGACGCGGCCAAACAGAUGGGCACCAUUGUGCGAUCCCUAAUAACAGACAGUUUUGGCGAUAGUAAAUACUCGCAGGCGAUCGAGUGUCUUGGUGUGAUGAGAGAGGAGCUGAUCAACAUGGACGAGCCUGAAAUUUACAACAUGUUUGCCCGGGACCUGAAGAAAGGGUUGCUUUCUGGUGCUCUUGGAGGCGACAGAAGAGACUUUUGGUUCAAAGCAAGGUGGUCGCGGCUGGGAUUGAUUGACACAGACCAGUCUGAAGUAUCAAAGGUGACGCACGAGGAAGCAGAAGAGUUCUACAAGUCUCGGUAG